UCACUGUUAGCAACUGUAGGAGUUCUCAGGUACAAACUUAGUGGAGAACAAGACAACUUCUGGAAUGUGGCACUGGUAUAUCCUUUUGUAGAUUGGAUUAGCACUGGCUGGAGAGUUGAAUUUAGUCUUUAGGACAGAGUGUUGUUCAGUCUCUGUGUCUGAGAGGUCCCUUAAAGUCUUGCACCUCUUAGGCAUAUCUGUCUGGUCUCACUGAUGUAUGUGCCUUGGCAAACUUAGAAGUACAAAUUUUACCGGGUUUUUGUUUGUUUGUUUGUGUGUUUUGCUUAGCUUUUGCAUACCUGUGUUCUUCCACUCCCUCCUUUCUUCAGUUUUUCUCCUUACUGUCAAGCCCAGUGAGGAUUUCAUUCGUUAAAGUUUCAGGAGAUUUCUUUUAGAACCCACAGUGCUGACCUCUGAGAGGUUUGGGAUUUUUUUUUUUUUUUUUUUUGAAAGGCCAGAAGAUAAGCAAUAUAGAAAUACAUUAGCCAGUUCAAUUACAAUAGGUGCAAGUCAGAGGCAUGAUGUUUGGAGAAGGCUUUCUUGCUUCAGUGAUGCUAUAAUGAGUAGAAAAUCUUACCAUAUAAGCCUAUAAAGGCAGCGUGCCAUUAGUGUCUGUUAAGCCACUGUGUGAUUCUGCAAGUUUCCUGUUAUAUGUAGUAGAAAUAAAUACAAGCCCCCCCCAAAAAAAGAGAAUGUGGCUUUGCAGAAGCUUAUUUUGCAAACUAUUAUGGUAUAUUUUUUUAAUGUAGUAGUAACACUAUAAAAUCUUUGGGAUACAAUCAUUUUUAUAUAGUUGGGGUGCUUAAUACAGUUCACUUUGCAUAAAUAAUGGAGGGUUUUUCAUGCACUCAGAAAAUGGAAGUUUUACAUCAGUAAAUAGUAGCGCUAUAAAAAGCAGAACAGAGUUUCUCAUGGUUUGCCUACAAAGAGGAGUUAACUGAAGUGUGUAAGCCAAAGCGUGUAGUUAAGCACAUACAAUGUAGACUAGUGUAUGCCUCCUGUGACCCCAAUUUUUGUAGUAUACAAAUCCUUUGGUUUGGGAGUUCGUGGUUUGCUUGGGAAUGAGUUCUGCGCUCAGUAACGAGCUGCCAUGGGACAAGUGCAGAUAGUGAGUCUAACCAGCGUAAGAGGUAGAACUUGUGUAAAUGAAUCAUGACCCCGUUUCUAUUGUUGACUGCACUAACUGCUCUUAAUGUUUUUACAGUUUGGGUUGUAUUUCAUGAGAAUAUCUGUAAGUCUUGUUUACAUAAUGAUUUAUGUUUCCUGAGAAUCCAUUCCAAAUUCAUUGGAAGCUGCACUUUAAGGUAUCAUCACACAAUCCCAGGGAGUUGAAUUAGAGCAGAGGUAGGUAGGUGGCUGUUACUUAAUUUAGCUAUGCUUUUUUCCACUCCUACUUCAUAUGUGCUGCACUUCACACUCAGAAUUACUAUUUCGGUGCAAAGGAUGUGAAUUUUCAUAGCCUUAACUUUUUAUUUCUAAAUUGGGAAAGAAGUAAAAAUGCAUUCUGUUUGGAUUAACCAUAAAUGAUAUGAGAAAACUCAAGCUUUUAAGAAAAUGCAGGUAACCCUGAAGCAUAUUUUUGCACAUAAUAUUCUUUCUGAUGCUGAUAUGACUGAUGUAGAAAAAUAUUCCAAUUUUUCGGAACAAAAACAUGAAAGGGCAGGCUUGCAGAAAGCCAUUGAUCAGUUACCUUGAAACUUUUGGAUGUAAAGCUAUUUCCUUAAAACAGCUGCUUUUUCUUUUUUCUUUUUUUCUUUUUUUUUUUUAACAUGGCUGAUGUGGCAUUUUACUGGCCACACAUAUUAUGCUGUGCUUUACAGAAAAAGAAAAAAAAAAAAAGAUUAAAAGAGAAGUUGCCACUUGCUUCUUAACUGAAGCCAGAACAUCUCUGGUUCACAUGACCAAUGAGCCCUUGUAACCUUGUUUUCUUUCCCACAGCCACCUGGCAAUGUUUGUCUCCACCCUUUGGAGAUCUGAACUUCUUUUUGCCCGUUUCUUGUACACACACCUACCCUGCUACAUAGGGCUGCUUUUUGCUGCCUUCCCUGGUCUGAUGGGGAAUCUUUCAGGUAGUUUAGCUAGGUAGUGCCUGGGAGCUCCAUGUGCUUCUAAAUUAUAAGCCAGUAUUUUAUGCAAUUGCUAGGGCAGGUGAUGUUGUUUGAGGUGCAAAGCAUGAAGAAAGGGGGAAGGGGUAACUUAGAAUCUUUUAUGAAUUGCUGCAGUGGUUCUAGUUGGGAGGAGAGCUUGUAAAAAUACUGAAAAAAAUAGGUUAAGAAACUUAAGUUUUUAGGUUGGAUGAGUAUAGGUGAUUUCUAGGACUAGGAAUCUAGAGUGCAGGUGUGCGGGGACAAAGAGUGACGGGGAAGAGCUCAAUGUUGUCAGUCUCACUGAAUGUUUAAAGAGAAGUUACCAUGUAGCAUAUGCUGACACGUACAUCAUGAAUAAUUUAGGGUGUGGACAGUGGAGAGGGCAGCCAGCUGUACCUUCUGAGCCAGCUGCAGCUAACUGAUAAGCUCCUCUAGAAAAGUUCUGCGAGGAGGAAGUAGCAGUAAUCAUAGUUUGUGGUUACAAGAUUACGAGUCAUUGCCAGGAAGCUGGAAGGAUAAACAGUGGAUCAGCAUCCUUGGUAUUAAGAGAACACAACAAAACAGAAGAGGUCUUGAAAAAUCUCCAAGUUCAAAUUGCCACUGAGAUGUUCACUAAACAAUGAGUGACUCUUUCCGGUCAUGCAGUGGCUUUCUCGUGUCAGCUUUAAGCUGUCCACUGUUAACUGCCAAAGCAGGAGAUGGCAGAAGGAAGCUUAGUUGUACCCUUCUGUCCUCCAAGUAAACCUUCAUGGCUGUGACCAGGAUCCGUACUAUAGAUUUAAUGACGUGAUGUACAGAUGGAUCGCACUGGAUAACUGGACUUAUAGCAGGACAUUCAAAACUCCUUUUGAUGUCAGAAAGUGGCAGAAAGUGAAUUUGAUUUUUGAGGGAGUAGAUACAGUAGCACAGAUCCUGAUCAACAAUAUCACUGUUGGGAGAACAGACAACAUGUUCAACAGAUAUAGCUUUGAUAUUACCAGUGUGAUCAAGGAGGUCAAUUUUGUCCAAGUCCAUUUCUUAUCAGCCAUUUCAUAUGCAGCAGAGCAGAGCAGAUGUCACAAAGUAUACAGGAUCCCCCCAGCGUGCCCUCCACCUGUGCAGAAAGGAGAGUGCCAUGCUAAUUUCAUCAGAAAGGAGCAGUGUUCAUUUAGUUGGGACUGGGGCCCUUCUUUUCCCACUCAAGGAAUCUGGAAAGAUGUUAGGAUUGAGGCCUAUAACCAUUAUCACCUGAUUUACUUUUCUCUGACUUCUUUCUUUGUAAAGAGUACUCAGCAGUGGAGUCUUGAAAUCGAGUCUAUUUUUGAUGUAGUCAGCUCCAAGCCAAUUGCAGGUCUUGUGACUGUGAACAUUCCCAAACUGCAAACGCAGCAAACAUUCAGUGUGACGCUUCAACCUGGAGAAGGCAGCAUUGUGCUGCUUGUAAACAUCAACAAGAGUUCUACAGUGGAGGCUUGGUGGCCAAAUGGACAUGGAAAGCAAACUGGAUACAACAUGACAACAACUUUCAUCAUGGAGGGAGGAUACCAGAUUGAAAAAUUUUCAAAGGCUUAUUUUCGGACAGUAGAACUUGUUCAGGAGCCUAUUCCUGGCUCACCCGGUCUGAGUUUCUACUUCAGAAUCAACGGCCGACCCAUUUUCCUUAAGGGUUCUAACUGGAUUCCAGCAGAUUCUUUCCAGGACAGAGUGACCUAUGACACAUUAUGGCUACUCUUGAAGUCUGCAGCAGAUGCUAACAUGAAUGCACUUCGGGUUUGGGGAGGAGGAGUAUAUGAGCAAGAUGAAUUUUACGAUAUUUGCGAUGAAAUAGGAAUAAUGAUUUGGCAGGAUUUCAUGUUUGCUUGUGCGCUAUAUCCAACUGACCAGAACUAUUUAGAAUCUGUAAGAGCAGAAGUUUCUCAUCAGGUAAGGCGCUUAAAAUCCCAUCCAUCAAUUAUUCUGUGGAGUGGUAACAAUGAAAAUGAAGCAGCAAUUGCCGGCAACUGGUUCUCCAUACCUUAUGCUGACAGAGAAGUCUAUAUUAAGGACUACGUGAUGCUUUAUGUGAAGAACAUCCGAGAAAUAGUUCUUACUGAAGAUAAGAGUCGUCCUUUUGUUGCAUCCAGUCCCACCAAUGGCUUGGAGUCAGUUAAAGAAGGUUGGCUCUCCCAGAAUCCUUAUGAUACCCAUUAUGGUGACACUCACUUUUAUGACUACAGUAAUGACUGCUGGAACUGGACAGUGUAUCCUAAAACUCGUUUUGCUUCAGAAUAUGGAUUUCAAUCCUGGCCUUCCUUCAGUACAAUUGAAAAGGUUUCCUCCACUGAGGACUGGUCCUACACUAGCAAUUUUUCUCUCCAUCGACAACACCAUGAAAAAGGCAAUGAUCAGAUGCUUCAACAGAUUGGGCAUCAUUUCAAGCUUCCCCAGAGUACAGAUCCCAUAAAGAAGUUCAAAGAUAUGAUUUACCUCACUCAGGUGAUGCAGGCUCAGUGUAUAAAGACAGAAACUGAAUUCUAUCGUUUUAGUCAAAGUGAAAUAAUCAAUGGAGAAGGACACACAAUGGGAGCCUUGUACUGGCAACUCAAUGACAUUUGGCAGGCACCUUCAUGGGCUUCCUUGGAGUAUGGUGGCAAGUGGAAACUGCUCCAUUAUUUUGCCCAGAACUUCUUUGCACCACUGCUGCCUGUGGCCUACGAAGACAAAGGUGUGUUGUACAUUUAUGGUGUGUCAGAUCUUCAUGUGGACCACAAGCUGACUUUGAGGGUUGUUGUGCAUGCCUGGAGUUCUCUGGAGCCAGUAUGCACCCUUGCCAAAGACGGUGUGACUGUUAAAGCACAAAGUGCUGUCCCCAUCUACAAGGAGUCCAUAAACGACUUGCUGGAAAGAUGCAGAAAUUGUACCAGGAAGACCUGCGUUAUUACUUUCCAUCUUGUAGGAGAAGAUGGGCUCCAGAGUCCUACGAACCAUCACUUCCUUUCAUCACUAAAGGAUGCUGUAGGAUUAGAAAAGACCUGGCUUAGUGCCUCUGUAUCCCAACAAGAUGACAUUUAUAUAUUUGUUCUUCAGACCACUGCAAUUGCUCCUUUUGUUUCUCUGGAUGUAGGGAGUAUAAAAGGCAGAUUUAGUGAUAAUGGUUUCAUCAUGACUGAAAAGAAGAAAGUGGUUGUGUUUUAUCCUUGGGAACCUACCAGCACUGAAGAAUUAGAAAAGUCGCUAACGUUGACCUCUCUGGUGGAUGUUCUCUGAGGAAACUUCAUUUCCUGUUUCACUCCUUAUCUA